AUGUCCUACUCUGCCUAUCGCAAAGCGGGCGAGACGCGUGCGCGGAGGGGCUCACCGAGUCUGCGCGGAGGCUACCCCCUCCCCCCCGCCCCGCCCCGCCGCGAGCAUCCGGGAGGUGGGGCGCGGCGGGGCCGGCGGAGUCUGCGCAGAGACGACCCCCGGGAGGGUGCGACGCCGGCGCGCGAAGAGCUGGGGCUGUGCCCUGGCAGCCGAGGAGGGGGCCUCGGUGGAGCGGGAAGCGGGGUGGCCUGGAGUGGAAUUCUUCCUGCCUGUGUGCUCCAGUUCUCGUGCAUUCUAUGUGGACGCUCUGUGCGCCUGCACCUGCACAACGGGUGCUGGGGUGCAGGUUCCAAUCCUGGAUUUCCUCCAUCAGCAAGUCCGAGGUCCCCACUCCCGCAGGCUGGCCCCGCAGAUUUCACCUGCACAGGGGCUGCUAUAUUGAUCCGCAGGGUGCGGGUGGGCCACCGAGAAGUUUCCCGCUGGGGCGCUGCCGCCUGUACCCUGAGCGCGGAGGAGCCCAGGAGGCGGGGCGCCGCGGGGCACGCCGGGGCGGUGCCUCCCCGCUGGGCGGCUCCCUCCUGCCGCGCGCGCCUGGGGACUUCUGGGAGGGGCGGCCGCGCAGGCGCACUCUGCCCUGGCUGGACUGAAGCGUGCGCGGGGGCUGGGGGAAGAGGUGACUGGCAAGGACGCUUGCCGCGGGACCUCCACGUGGCUGCUUUCUUCAGCCGCCCCCCCUCCACCUCGUCCUUGGGCAGUGGCCCUGGUGGGAGGGAGUCUGUGCGGCCCCCGGUGGCGCCCCGGCUCUUACCUGCUGGAUUUUCCGCGCUGGACGCCUUUCUUGAGACCGCGACUUGCUGCGAGCAGCGCUGUAAACCGGGCCCUGUUGCAGAUCCGGGGCGUUUGGACCAUUCCGUAGAUGGGAUUAUGAUUUUACUUUUGCUGUGGCCACUACGGAAAUUUGAGUGAAGAUGGCGAAGUCAUCUGGUCGUUGGCGGCCUCUCCACUACCUCCGAGAGAAUCAACCCUUGAAAGCAGGGCGCCCCAGGAAGUCUCCAGCUGGUGUGGGCCUUCUCCAGAGCUAGAAUGGCCGUAUCACUAACAGCCCCUAAGACUCUGGUCCAUUGGGGUACACAGGAUCAAGAGGAGAUUACGAGGGUGGAGCCAAAGCAAGAGGAAGAGACCUGAGAGUUGGAGACUAGGCUGCAAGGGAACUACUCUCCACGUCCUCAGAUCCUCCGCCAGUGCCUCAGGCGACUCUCCCACCAGGAGACUCCUGGUCCUGGGGAGGCCCUGAGCCCAUGGUGGGUGCUGUGCUGUGAGUGGCUGAGGCCCGAGAGGCCCACCAAGGAGCAGAUCCUGGAGUUACUGGAGCUCCGGUCCUGCGUGCGGAGACACCACCCCAGGGUGGAGAGGGGGCUGUGAAGUGUGCUGGAGCACUGAAAGGACUUGAUGAAGCAGGACGGCGGUGGGAAGCGGACGUGUGGUCUGUCGUGGGAGCCAGGUCAGUGGCCUUCAGGCCGAACGGAGGGGCAGCAGCAAGGAAGCUGCCAAGCUCCACUCUCUCGGACCAGGCGGAGCGGUUCGUGUGUGUGCCUCUUUCUCUUCUGCCCUCAAGGCUUGAAUGAGACCUUUUUUUUCCUAUAAAUACUUCUUAAUUUAUUUUUUAAAAAUUGUGCCGUUAACCCUUUUACGGGGCGACAAGCUAUGUGAAGUCAAAAGUACAAAACUUUUUGUCCAACGUAAUAUUGAGAGUGCUUUUGAGGUAGUUCACUGGUUUAUCAUCUGGAUCAGUAUCUACCGUGCAACGCGCAGAGGCCAGAAUCCUUGAACCAAGCUGCGAAGAUCUCAAGCUAAAUAAGGCGGAAAAAUCUGGAGAAACAGAAGAAGGAAAUUCUUUCCCAUCCAAUGUGUACUCUUCAGACUGACGCAUUCCUUCUAUCAAGCCUUCUAAACUGUUAAAUACAGUUUUCCAAACAAGCAUUUAAACUUCGUUACACA